UCACAUGGCCUCACAUGGCUCAUUCAGAUUGGCUGCUGAAGCUGCCGAGUCAGAGAUGUGAGGUUAUAAAAGAUGUCCGCUCCAGUCGUCCCUCAGCCGCGUGUGUACUGUGUGUAGUCGAAUAAUCGCUGCACUAAUACACACAAACACAAUACUUGAGCGAAAAACAUAGUACAAACAUUCCUGACAUUAACUAAUACUUCCAAACACAGUACUAAUAUGUCUACAUACAGUAUCAAUUCUAUUCUACUGUAGUAAUAAUAUAAUAGUUGCAAUAGUGCAGAUUUGUUUAGGACAAACAGUACUUGUUGUAUUGAAAGUGCUUGCAGUAAACCUUCCUUACACGCUGUGAUGUCAUAUUGACAUCUCACCUUCUGAUUGGUCCCCAGGGAGCAGGCUAAAGAGUCAUCAAGCGUGUGCGUGCGUGCGUAGCAGGUGGCAGCGCUUUGGGCUCGAUACCUGGUCAAUAUUCUGAUUGAUAUCGCACAAACAGACGAUCGGUCUGCCUCAAAAAGAGAAACGUUGAUUCACAUCCAUCUGAGAACAAUAGAACACACGAUGGUGAUGAAAUGGUUUUUGCAGCUGAAGAAUUGAGACAAUCUAAACUGUUUUUUUGUUUCUCUCUCGAAUCAGCAUAUUUCCUUUGGAAGUUCAGCAUUGGGUUUUGUGGGGAAUAGAGAAAGUACCUUAGUUAGUCUAAACCACACACUGCACAUAAAGUCGGAAGAAAUGACGGCUCAUAAACUGAAGCCAAAUCAUCUGGAUCGCCCCCUGGUGGCUGUCUGCGAUAUAGCUCAUAAGACCCGCCCCCCCCUUCCAUGUCAGCAGAUGUACAUUCAAGAGUUGCAGUUAUUGAUUGUCUUUAUAUACAGUCACUAAUCAUCUUUACAGUCGUUGAUCGUCUUUAUAUACAGUCAUGGCUUCAUUAUUCGGCGAGUGAGUCGAGAUCUGGGAUCUGGAAACUGGAGUUGAUGUGAAAUAAAAUACCGUCCCACUGAGUGAAGAGUAUUUACCAACAUGAGGUUUUCAGGAUUAUUCCCUGAUGAUGAUGAUGACGACGACGACAAUCGUGAUUUCAAUGUCCCAACGUCUCUGUGUGCAGCUACUGUCAUAUUCCACAUCAGUGACACCAUGUGUGUGUGUGUGUGUCAAAUGGAACGGGCCGAGUGGUAGGCUGGUAACACACGCAGAGCGGAGUGGGGAGGCGUGCAGUGGAUUCACUGUGUGCAGACGAGUGUGUGAUGGAGAGAAACAUAAUGAGGAGAAGAAGAAGAAGGGGGUGUGUGUGGGGGGCUGAAACUCUUCUUCUUCUCUAAUCUGUAGCACACUAAGUAUUAACCCGGCAUUACGCAGUUCAUCUCACAUCAGAGCGAGGAGGAGACAGUUUGUCCUGGGGAGGGCGCUACAGACAAGACCAGGGCUAGUUCUUUCACUCGCAAUUUUAUUCAUUCACUUACUCGCUCAUUCAUUACUCUCACUCGCUCACCCGGUGGGAUUGGGGUUUUUUUCGCUCUCACCUGCCCUGCGGCCGCUGCAGCAGGUGAAGUGCAGGUAUGUUUUCGUUUUUUUGGUUUGCCCAUAACCAGAGUCUUGCAGGCAUGAAUGCAUCAUAAUGAAACAGGUUUAUUAGAACAGUCACAUGAACUCAUCACUGUAACAUGAUUCUGCACAGUGACUGUCACUGCUCUCGCUCUCCCUCUCCGACAAAUGCUCACUCGUCCGGUGUGCAGCCAACCAGCUCUGAGGAGAGAGAGGGGGUAGGGUCUCUCUCUCUCUCUCUCUCUCUCUCUCUCUCUGUCCCUCUCCUCUCAGCUGGAGAGUCCGGAGGACGGACGCUCGCUUUGCUUUUGGAGACUCACUUCUUCUUUCGCUCGCCUCUCUCUCCGCUCUCCCUCCAAGUCGUGUGUCCAGUCAUUUCUCCUGCGACCGGACGGACAGCACUCUUCAUCAUCACCUCCAUCUCCCUCCUCCUCCUCCUCUUCCUCGUCCUCCUCCAGCCGUGGGACUGUGGUGGACGGCCGACGGGACCUUUCUGCUGGAUAGGCACCAGCACAAAGUUGUGCGUGUCAAAGUCCUGUGGCGAGAUCUUAUCGGCUGAUUGAUUCAAACGGGUGAGCCGACUCAGAGCCGACAUCCCACUCAUGACUUUUCCCCAUCGUUACCAUAGUGACCGGCGACCUUGGUGGCAGCGGCGGCUUCCACAUUAUGUUUUGAGACUUUAGAACCCGUUGUUUAGAAAAAAACUACAACCUUGUUGCCAUAGUGACCAGGAUGCAGGUGUCCAUAGCGUGCAAUAUGGGCGGGGGCGGCGGCGGCGGCGGCGGGAUGAGUGAUCACCCUAUGAAGGAGCGGCGGGCAGCGGCGGCGGCGAACACCAGCAUCGCCGCCUCCUGCCAGUCAAAGGUCAGGGCUGAGUCGCCGGUCAGGCACACCCUGCUAGGCCACGCCCACAUGAAGGAAGCCCUCGGUCGUCACAGCACCAUGAAGUACAGGAAUCUUGGGAAAUCUGGACUGAGAGUGUCCUGCUUAGGACUGGGAACAUGGGUGACGUUUGGCUCUCAGAUCUCUGAUGAGAUGGCGGAGAGUGUGAUGACGGUGGCGUAUGACAGCGGAGUGAACCUGUUCGACACAGCAGAGGUUUACGCCUCGGGCAGGGCAGAGAAGACUCUGGGAAACAUCCUGAAGAAGAAAGGAUGGAGGAGGUCCAGUUAUGUGGUGACCACUAAGAUCUACUGGGGGGGACAGGCGGAGACGGAGCGAGGGUUGUCACGGAAACACAUCAUCGAAGGUCUGCGUGGCUCUCUCUGCAGGUUGCAGUUGGACUAUGUUGACAUCGUCUUUGCCAACAGGAGCGACAUCAACGCACCGAUGGAGGAGGUCGUCCGAGCCAUGACCUUUGUGAUUGAUCAGGGUUUGGCCAUGUACUGGGGAACGUCCCGCUGGAACGCAGUGGAAAUUAUGGAGGCGUACUCUAUAGCUCGACAGUUUAACCUGGUUCCUCCGGUGUGUGAACAGGCUGAAUAUCACUACUUCCAGAGAGACAAGGUGGAGCUGCACCUGCCGGAGCUCUACCACAAGAUAGGUGUCGGCGCCAUGACCUGGUCCCCGUUAGCCUGCGGUCUGCUGACGGGAAAAUACAACGAGGGCGUCCCCGAGAGCUCCAGAGCCGCCAUGAAGGGUUAUGCGUGGCUGAAGGAGCGUCUCUUCAGUUCUGAAGGGAAGAAGCAGCUCAGUAAAAUCAAAGAGCUCCACCUGUUGGCCGACAGACUGAACUGCACUGCUGCUCAGCUCGCCAUAGCGUGGUGUCUCCGCAGUGAAGGUGUCAGCUCAGUUCUCCUCGGCGUCUCCAACACAGAACAGCUGCUGGAGAACCUCGGUUCUAUCAGGGUUCUGACCCAGCUGACUCCACCCCUCAUCGCAGAGAUGGACGCUGUGCUCGGCAACAAGCCACGAAGCACCAAGAAGGAGGGGAGAAGCUGAGGACGACUGUUAUUAAAACAACAAAAAACCUUUAUUAUAAAGAUAUGAGAGGACGGAGACGAUAUAAAAACAGGACAUCGUCUUCAUCGGUCCCCUCAUCAUCACGGAGAAGGUGCAGUCAUCCAAUCACAGAAACUUCAGCUCCUGCAGAUACUAUGAAUAUAAAUAUAAAUAUUUAUUCUUAUAUGAGGCGGAUGAUGUCAGUGGAUGUUUAACACCUGCCCGACGCUGUGGUCAUAGCAACAGGACAUCGGCAUCAUCACCGAAGUGGUUCUUGUACAUAUAAGCAUGAGGACAAAGGACGUGAAUACAUAUACAAUAAUCAAUAACCAAUACAGUUCCCCAAAAAACUAAAAACUAACUAAUCAUGAUAAAUUCUCGUCAGGAUUCUGUCACUAAACAAACACAAUUCAAUUUAUUGAUUUUAAAUCACAAUGAAAAGUUACAAUUUUUCUUUUAAUACGUUUACAUGAUAAAAAGAUGUAUAUUUAUGUUUUUACUAUUUUCUUUUCACUGAUCAGAUUAUUGAUGAGUGCUUUUUUUAUUUCAGGCUAAAUUGAUUUCAAAAUAAAAGCCUUGUGUUGCACAGCUGGGCUCCUGUAAACAACAACAAAACCGUGACGCUGAGGUGUUGCCGUGGCAACAGCCUGCUGUUCAUGAAAUACAUCUGAGAUAAAACCGAAA